AUGAGCAGCCGAAAAGAAGAGGAUCGAAACGAGAAGAUUAUAAGGGGUCUCAUGAAGCUCCCUCCGAAUCGAAGAUGCAUCAACUGUAACAGCUUGGGACCUCAAUAUGUUUGCUCAAGCUUUUGGACUUUUGUUUGCACGACUUGCAGUGGAAUACAUCGUGAGUUUACUCAUCGCGUGAAGUCUGUUUCUAUGGCUAAGUUUACUUCUCAAGAAGUGGAAGCUCUUCAAAAGGGUGGUAAUCAGCGUGCCAGAGAGAUAUACUUAACAGCCUGGGAUCCACAAAGUCAGAGACUUCCUGAUAAUAGCAAUGUUGACAAAGUUCGCGAGUUCAUUAAGAAUGUUUAUGUAGAUAAAAAAUAUGCCCUGGAUAAGUCAUCUGACAGACCUCCAAGAGAUACACAGAAUGCAAAAGGCCAGGAAGAUGAGACAAGGCGAGCAAGUUCAUACCAUUCUUUCUCACAAAGUCCACCAUAUGAUUUUCAGUAUGAAGAACGACGCUAUGGGAAACACGCUCCUGGACUCACUAGAAAGCCUGGGUCAGAUCGAGGCCUGUACGGAGGAAAGCUGUCUAGUUUCUUGAGUCCUGGCCGUGCUAGUGAUCAUGUAUAUGAGGACAGGUUUGCAAAUGAAGGAUCUAAUCCCAGAGCUUCAGACUACUCUGUUUCAAAUGGUGGCUACUCAUUGGGGUCUGAUAUGCUAUCACCUUCCUCUCAGAAAGACAUUGGAAGCCCCUUUGGUGCAGCGUCAAAAGAUAGUUCAAGUGAAGUUGCACGGCAUCAUACAGUUUCCAACCAUGCAGAUGCAUACGCCAAAAGAGAUGGUGGAAGAAUGUUGCAUCCACAGAGAACUGUAUCUUCAGGAAGCUUUGGCUCAUUUGAUAGCAAUUCCAUGUCUUUCACAUCCGUAAAUUCUUUUAACUUGCCAGAAAUUGCCUUAGAAUCCGAACAAUAUGCUGAGACUUCCCAUAACAAGUUGUCGUCUUUUCCUUCUCAACCAGAGCGUUCAGUAUCUGGGAACUUUGAUGGCUUGGAUCUUUUCAGUGCACCCUUUGCACCACAAAAUGUUACUUCUGCAACUCCAGCAGAUUCUAUGACUCAAUUUCCAGAGUCAUCUCCAGCUCAAUCAGUUGAUUUGAUCCAGCAAUCUUCAAUUCCUUCAGUUCCAACUUUCAUUUCACAUCAACCAUCUCAAAUUCUUCCAUCUUCUUCUUUAGACUUAUUUGCUGAGAUGCCUCAGCAGCAAUUCUCUGCAGGUUCCAAUGGAAAAAUCUUUGAGGCAGCGUCAAAAAAUGAAGGAUGGGCAACGUUUGACAUGCCUCAGAACACAUCAUCACUGGGAAUUGAAAAUUCUCCCCCUGCCAUAAUACCAUCUUCUGACAGGAGUUUGCUAGGAAACAUAGAUUCACAAUCACUUAUGCAUAAGACAUCAUCUCAGGAUUCUUCUGAUCAUUGGCCUUCUCCAGACGUGUCUACUUUAUGGCAUGAAGGUGCACAAAAUUUUGAAGCAAUCCCAAAAGUAGCGAACGUUCAAUCGUGGAAUGCGUUCGAAGAUUCCAAAGAACAGUCAAUCAAGAACACUGUCAAAAGUAGUGAACCAGAUGCAACCCUCCAUACUUCAGAUGCUAAUCAGUAUAUUGGAUUUAAUACAUACGAGGCUCUGGGUAAUGAUUUAUUUCAAAGAACUGCAAACAAUAGUGGACCCCCUUUAUCUAAUAUAUCAUCACAUGCUAGUGUGUUGUCGCAUGAUUUCCAUACAGUUCCUGCAGUGGAUGGAGUACAUUCAAAUCUGUCAAGUCACAAGUCUUCCAAUCCAUUUGAUCUUCCCGAUGAUUAUGACGUGGAAUCUAGUAAUAUGUCUCAGUUCUGGGACAUGAGCUCUUUGCAAUCGGCACUGCCAAAUAGCAGUAUACCAACUUCUUUUGUUGGUGGCAUGACUCAAUCUUGGUUUCCCCAAAAUCCAGUUCCAUCCUAUGUUCCUGGUGGAGUGACAUUUGACCCUCCCAUUGGCUCUUUGGGAUUUAUAGGACAAGCACCAAGCAACCAGAUACCGAAUGUCCCUGCACAAGGCCCUGUUGCAUCAGUUGGAGGAAAUCCUUUUGCAUAG